AUAUCAUUGUUUUGUUUGCUUUCGUACGUUCACAAAAAGAAUUGUAAUUGUUAUUUUUGCAAACUCAUUACCUUGAAUCCGUCCAGAAGGUAUUUUGAGAAAUGGAAACCAAUUUGCAACACGAAGAUCUUUUAAUAAAACUUCGUGCUAAACUCAACGAGGAUAAAGUGAAGUUAUGGGAACCUCCUUACACAGAAUCAGACAAUGGAAUAUCACAAAGUUUGCAGGAACUGGCCAACAAAUACUCAACAACACUAUCCAUAAAUAUCGACACUGUCCUACAAGGGUUACAUGAAUUACAACUCCACUCCGUUGAUCGGUCAAAGGCUAAUGAAGAGUUCAAGGAGACAGGGUUUGCUACCCUCAGGAUCAAAGCAACAGUCCCCGGUGAAAGGCCUAAGAUAUUGAAGGUGCAGAAAAAGUUGGAUGUUAUGGGCAGUGAUCUGAUUGCAACAGUGGCACAGGAUAUUGGAAUAUUGGAAAUUAGAAUAAAGUUAAUCUUCAAUGGUAAAGUUAUAAAGCCAAGUUCGACCCUGGAGGAGCAGGGCAUCAAGAAUGGAGUACAAAUCAUGGCCCUUAUUAUGGCUAAAACCCCAGAUGAGAUACAGAAGGAGGAUAAUAUGUAUUUGGAGAUGAAGUCCACCAAAGAAGAUGCUGCGCUGCUCUCAAAAUAUGCUCAUGACGAUUACAUUAAGCUGGAGGACCAGUCCGGCAAGCCUGUGGAGAUCCCGGGUCAGUCCCGCCGCGCGCUGCUGGUGGGGCUGGCGCUGCACGAGCGGGGCCGCGCCGCCGCCCGCCUGAGGGACCACGCGCUCGCGCUCGUGCUGCUGCUGGAGGCCGACCGACAGCUCAGUGAGUGCAGUUCAUCAAUCUUGAAGUCCGUGGACAACUACGCGGCGCUGCAGCUGGACAUAGCGUGGUGCUACCUGUGCCUGCAGAGCCUCUCCUCGGCCACCGACGCGGCGGCGCGGCUGCAGCGCGCGCAGGCCGCGCUCUACAGGAUAUACGGGGAGCGGCAGGGGACGCCCGAACUUAAGGGAACUCUUGCUGCGGAGCGAGUGCUGCUGAUGCGACUGUACCUACUGCAAGGCAUCGUAGCGUAUCAUCAGAACAAGAGGGCUGAAGCCAGGCAGUUGCUGGAUAAAGCGGAGUCGGAACUUAAUUUGUUAAGGGUGGACGAGAGUUCAGUGUGCGCGCUGGUGGAGCUGGGCUGGUCGCGGGCCCAGGCGCGGGGCGCGCUGCGGGAGGCGGCCGGGGACCGCGACCGGGCGCACCUGCUGCUCGCCGCCAGGCGGGACGCUCGCCGACAGCUGCGGCUGCGGGCCAGGGAGGAGCGUAAACUGGGCCUGUGCCGCGAUGGGACGCCGGUGAGGCAGCAGCUGGUGGAGGGCCUGGUGGACAUGGGGUACUCCCGGCGGCUGGCCAGCCGGGCCCUCCGCGCCUCCAACAACCACGCGGCGGAGGCCGUCAGGCUGAUACAGGAGCAGCCGGAACAGCUGGCUGACAGUGAGGAUUCAUCUGAGGAGACGGGACCAACCAGCUCAGAAGCCUCCCUGGUGGAGCCAGACAACAAAUUGAUUGCUGAGCUAGAAACGAUGGGAUAUGACGUAGAACAGGCGCGGGCGGCUCUACGGAUGACCAACAAUGACGUCGACCAGGCGGUCGACGUGCUCGUGGCUGGUGGAGGGCGCGUCAGUGACGUUGCAGCAAAUACUGCGAAACCAUCCACCAGCGCAGCGACGUCGAGUAAGAAGAAAGAAAAGACACACAGAAAAAAUAAACGCAAAGAAGAAUGUGAAUUGGCACUCAAGAGGCUAUCAUCAGCGAUCAGGACAGAAGAAGACGAUCACUUGGAUACCUCGCUGGCUGAGGAAGAGGAGUUUCUCGCGCAGUACAAGUCUCUUUUGUAAACGUGAAAGUUAUUGAAAUUAUUUUUUUUAAACCAUAUUGUAUCGAACUAAGGAAAUUUAUUUAUUUAUUUAUAUUUUUUCACACAAAAUUGUGUGUGGCUUAAUGUAUUCUCUACUUUAAGUUGAAAAUUAUAUAGUGCAAUAUCUAAAAUAGAUUUAGAGUCAACUUGUGACGUUUUUGUUAUGAAGCUGUGUGUUUUAAUAUAUGUAAGUACGUGCCUAAAUGUGUUACCUAAGUACAAAUAAUGUUACUUAAAAUUAUAUAAACUUGUUAGAAAUAAAGGUAUAUUUAUACAGUGUG